AUGGUCGAUGAAGUUGAGAAUGCUGAGGAAGAACAUGGGCAUGACGGUAUCUUGCACGGCCGCAAGGAACAAAUACGCCAGCAAGAGAGGGUAGGUGAACAUCCGCACGCGAUCCCAACGGUGUUCCGGCAGUGCCUCGAUCUCCUCCGCCGUCCCGUUCGGGUAGGGACACCACCGUUUGCCGACCAGACAGCGACAUUUCAUAUACCGCGGGGCGAUAGCGAUGAGAGCCUCACUGACGAGUGUUAUGACGGCGAGAACGAGGCAGCUGAUCCAAAAGUCGUGGAACGAUUUGCUCCAUCCCUUGAAGAAGACGCUUUCGGGGCAGUCGAUGCCGUCGGGCUGGGGCGCGUCUCUGUAGCAGUGCCAAAAGGCGCUGUCGUUUUUGCCGGACAGCUUGUCGGCUAUGUGGAGCAUGAGUGUCAGGGGAUAGUAUCCGGCGUACGGCCCAGUUUCGGCUACUCCGGCGAGUUCGACGAACCCUCGUGUCGAGUACAACACGGCCGGACAAUCCGGACAUUCCCAGCUGAAUGCGUUGGGGAACUUGUGGAUCGUAACCAUAUAAUUGGGCGAGUCGGAUGUGUGAGUCUUGUUGACGGGGAUGAUGCCAUCAUACUGAGCGGCAAGGGCGGGAAGUGUCAGUCAGGGCCGGCGUAA